AAAGGAAGAGAUUAAAUAAUAAAACUUUCAUUCAAACGAGAAGUUUUAUAACGUUCACUUUUGUUUAAUGCACACAUAGCUUCUAAAGAUGUCGCAUACAUAGGUGUUCUCUCCUUUUCUCUUAACUGUGUCAAACUGUGUCGAACCAAAUACAGUGGAGUGUGUACUGUACAACAAGUGACCACUCCUAAUCAUGAAAUUCUUUCAAAGGUUCACUCAACGAGCUUAAACAUUAUUUUUAUACAAAACGUUCGUUUAAAUAUUUUUAUUAUUUGUGAUGUAUUAAUUUGAUGAAAAAGAAAAAAAGUAAUUCUACCGAGAAAAUGUGGAUGUGGAUAUGGAUUUUGAUCUUAACCUUCGCUUGCGGGAAUAGUCAGCUCUCCCAAGAGUCGACGGAAUCGACGCGGCUUCCUUGGAACCGAUUCGAUGACAGAGAUCCAUCUGUAUAUGGAACACGAAAUACUGACAGGCUAGGUGAUAAUGUUCUAAUAAAAGAGGCCACAUACUUUGUUGUUGCCUCUAAAAUGGUUAGACCAGGACAAAUCUAUCGGGUGGCUGUAAAUGUCUUGUAUAGUCCAAUACCAAUGACGAUACGUGCAUCUAUUCAAAGAGAUGGUGUGGAAAUUGCUUCAGAUUAUCAGGAAGUAAAGGAAGAUAUACCGCAAACCCUGAUGAUGAAAAUGCCUCCUACUUCUGUUGGUGGAGAAUAUAAAUUGAGAGUAGAAGGGACGUACAAUAGUUUGACCGGUGGUCAAGCAUUUUUAAACGAAACAAAACUUAUAUUCUCUCAGAGAUCUAUGAGUAUUUUUAUUCAGCUGGACAAGCCUGUAUAUAUGCAAAAGGAAACUAUAAGAUUUAGGACUAUACCUAUAAACACUGAACUUAAAGCAUUCAAUAAUCCUAUCGAUGUGUACAUGCUAGAUCCGUACAGAAGAAUAAUGAGAAGAUGGUUAAGUAGACAGAGCAAUUUAGGAACAGUAUCUUUGUCCUAUCAGCUCUCCGAUCAGCCUGUUUUUGGAGAAUGGAUUAUACAAGUAAUAGCACAAGGCCAAGUAGAGGAGAAAACGUUCCUAGUAGAGGAAUAUUAUCAAACGCGUUUCGAAGUUAAUGUCACCAUGCCAGCAUUUUUCUUUGAUAACGACCCGUACAUAUACGGAACGGUUCAAGCAAAUUACACGAGUGGUGCACCAGUUAGAGGAAAUCUAACCCUUAAAGCUACCUUUAAAUCUCUUGACAGAAGGUCGCCGGAUGUUGCUCCUGAAUCUAUCGAAAGAUAUUUCUACUUUGACGAAUAUUAUCCUUCCUGGUUAAAAAUACCUUCUUAUUUUGACAAUAAGAUUCCCGUGCUAAGAUUUUUUAACGGAACCUAUCAUUUCAAGUAUCCAAUGUCAGAGUUACUAACGUUUGUACCUGCUGCAAGCGGAGCAGAGAUCACUGUUACCGCUACCGUUGGCGAAAGAUUUUUAGAAGAAAUAAUAUCAGGGUAUUCCACGGCUCGAAUUUUUAAUUCAACCACGAAAAUACGAUUCUUAGGCGGAACACCGCAAGUAUUUAAGCCAGCAAUGCCAUUCUCUGUAAAUUUAGUGGCAUCGUUCCAUGAUAAUUCUGUACUAAGACCGUCGCAGUUAAAAGGAUCAGUAAUGGAAAUUCGUGCCGACAUUGAAACGAGAACAGGUGGUCGCAGAAAUUUAGAAACUCAGUAUCUGAAGCCUACACCAGAUAAUGCAGGUAUCUGGUCAACAAGGAUAGAUCUAAGGAAACAACUUGGGCUUGAUCACAGCUCGGAUCAUGCUCAGCAAAUUCUUAAUGAUAUUUCUUCUAUGAGAGUUUAUGCAUAUCUCACUGAUGGAGAAGGAUUUAGAACACAAACUGAAUUAUUAUUAUUGGCACAUGAAUCUCCAAAUCAGCAACAGAUAAAAAUUUCAACAUCUACCGAGAAACCUAAAGUUGGGGAAUACAUGAUAUUUCACAUACAAACAAAUUUCUAUAUUGAUACAUUUAAUUAUAUUAUUAUGGCAAAAGGUAUUAUACUUCUUACUGGACAGGAUAGCAUGCAACACAAUGUGAAAACAAUUGCUGUCCCUCUCAGUGCGGAAAUGGCUCCAGUUGCAACUAUAGUUGUAUAUCACAUUGGACAGUAUAGUAACGUUAUAGCAGACUCCUUAACUUUUUCUGUAAACGGUAUUUCACGGAAUAAUUUUACCGUGUACAUUAACAAUAAAAAAGCUAGGACAGGUGAAAAUGUUGAAGUAGCUAUUUAUGGUGAACCUGGAGCUUACGUUGCUCUCUCAGGUAUAGAUAGAGCUUUCUACACGAUGCAAGCUGGAAACGAGUUAACAUAUGCCAAUGUAAUAACAAAAAUGGCACAUUUUGACGAGGAAACAAAUGGUACUCAAUCUCAUACUUGGUUGUACCACGACGGGGAUCCAGACGAACUUGUUUACUUCCCAUCUUCAACGUUUGGUAUUGAUGUUAACAGAACAUUUGAGUAUAUUGGAUUGGUAGUUUUUACAGAUGCUUUCGUUCACCGAAGACCAGACAAUUGCAAUGCAACUCUAGGACUCGGGGAAUGUCUGUCUGGAAAAUGUUAUAGAUUAGAUAAAAAAUGUGAUGGAACAUUUGAUUGCGAAGAUGGAACCGACGAGGCAGGCUGUGAACAUAGAAAUCUUACGGAUGUAGCUACUUUUAGAAAAUGGCGAUUUAACAGAGUACAAAGAUUAUAUGAAAAUGUCUGGUUAUGGAAGGACAUUAAUAUUGGUCCCCAUGGUAGAUAUAUCUUUAAUAUAGACGUACCACGAAGACCAGUUCAAUGGAUGAUCACAGCAUUCAGUAUGUCACCGAGUAUGGGUUUUGGUAUGUUACCAAAGGCUAUUGAAUACAUGGGAAUAUUGCCAUUUUAUAUUAACGUAGAGAUGCCUACUCACAGUAGACAAGGAGAGCAGAUUGGUAUUCGUCUUUCUGUUUUCAAUUACCUCCGCUACAACAUAGAAGCUGUAGUAGUUUUGGCUGGUUCAAAGGAUUACAAAUUUGUCCAUGUAGAGGAUAAUGGUAUUGUACAGUCGUACAAACCUCGUACAUCUUUUGGCGACCAUCAGUUCUUCAUUUGGAUUCCCGCACAGGAUGCUGCUAUCGUAUAUUUGCCUAUUGUACCUGUACGACUUGGAGAUAUAAAAGUACACAUAUAUGCUACAACUGUAAUUGGAAGAGAUUCAGUUACUCGGAAUCUGCACGUAGAAGCUGACGGUCUUCCACAGCAUCGACAUCAAUCUAUUCUACUUGAUCUCAGCAACCGAGCUUAUGUGUUCCAAUACAUGCAUGUUAACAUAACAGAAACUCCGAUUAUACCUUACGACGAAAACCGUUACUAUGUAUUCGGCUCUAACAAGGCAGUGAUAAGUUUAGUCGGAGACGUUGUUGGGCCAAUUUUCCCAACGAUGCCUGUUAAUGCCACGAGUCUUAUGGAUCUUCCUAUGGAUUGUGCUGAACAAAAUAUGUUCAGCUUCGCUGUUAAUUUGUAUACAACGAUGUAUAUGCGUUUAAUUAAUCAACGCAAUAGAACGCAAGAAAAAGAAAGCUUUUAUUACAUGAACAUUGGCUAUCAAAGGCAGCUCUCGUUCAUGAAUCCUGAUGGAUCGUUCAGUUUAUUCCGCAGUGACUGGAAUCAGUCUGCACCGAGCGUUUGGUUAACGGCGUAUUGUGCGCGUGUCUUACAGGAAGCACGUUUUUAUGAAUGGGAAAAUUAUCUUUACAUCGAUCCCGAAGUAAUAGCUAAUGCUGUAUCUUGGAUAUUGAGGCAUCAAACGGCUGAGGGAUCGUUUUAUGAAGUUAGGUGGCUACCGGACCGCAAAAUGAACAGCAGUUUAAAUUACGAUUACGAUAUAAUAACGCAUAGAAAUAUUAGUCUCACGGCUCAUGUUCUUAUUACGCUACAAAGUGUAAAAGAUUUGCCUGAAGGAUUGGGAACUCAGGUUGCUGUGAGUGCUGCGAACGCAGUCAAAUGGCUGGAAAGAAAUUUGAAACUAUUAGAGGACCGCGGAAAACCCUAUGACAUAGCAAUAGUAUCGUAUGCUCUUUUGUUAGCAAAAGCUUCUACUGCAGGGCAAGCUUUUAAUAUUUUAUCGAAACAUGCACGUAGAGAGGGAGGUUUAACAUACUGGGGCAGGGAACAAGUACCUCUUCCUCCUUAUAAACUGGAAAAUCAAAAGCCAUUCCUCCUUCCACGUUUACCAUAUAAAUACGAUUCUGAAAACAUUGAAACUACUGCAUACGCUCUUCUGGUGCAUGUUGCACGGCAAGAAAUAAUUAUUGAACCUAUUGUAAAAUGGUUGAAUUCCCAACGAUUAACAGAUGGUGGCUGGGCUUCUACCCAAGACACUGCAUGGGCAAUGAAAGCUUUAAUGGAUUACACAGUUAGAUCGAGAAUUAGAGAUGUUAGUUCAUUGGCCGUUACUGUAGAAGCUACAUCUCUUCCAGGACAAACUAAAACAUUAUUUGUCAAUGAUAAUAAUCUAGCAAGGCUUCAGACUAUCGAGAUACCAGAAGCAUGGGGAACGGUGAAAGUACAAGCUAAAGGUGCUGGGUACGCAAUUCUACAAAUGUCGGUACAGUACAAUGUAGAUAUUGCUAAAUUCCAAACUCAACCACCAGUCAAAGCGUUUGAUUUGGUUACCAGAGCAAAUUUCCAUGGCAGAAAUCAGUCACAUAUAUCAUACCUCAGUUGUCAGAGGUGGACAAAUACGAAUGAAUCAGCACGCUCUGGAAUGGCGGUAUUAGAUGUAGCCAUACCAACUGGUUACAUAAUUCAGCAACAAACCUUAGAUAGAUACAUUUUAUCAAAACAAGUAAGAAAUCUUCACAGGGCACGAUUCCAGGAGAAAAAGGUUCUCUUUUACUUUGAUUACCUGGACGAAGAAGAAACGUGCGUAAAUUUCACCAUUGAAAGAUGGUUCCCGGUUGCAAACAUGUCUCGAUAUCAUCCUAUAAGAGUUUAUGAUUAUUAUGCACCAGAGCGUUUCAAUGAAACUAUAUUUGAUGCUCUGCCAACAUAUACGUUGAAUAUUUGUGAGGUUUGUGGUAGUUCCCAGUGUCCAUAUUGUCCAAUUUAUAAUGCUGCCACAUUGUUGUCCACGCCAACAGGUAUUCUGCUAAUAGUAUCUCUUUUAAUUGUUUCAUCGAGGUACUUUCGAAUGCAGGAAUUUAUUAUAAGAAUUUAGCAUAUUAUUUUUAAUUACUCUAAGAAAAAUUGUAUCAUUGAUACCUUGAAGAUAUGCAAUAGUUUCCACAUCAAUUAAUUCGCCAAAGUAUUAUCUGAUAUUCAUUUUAAAGUGGCUUUGAUCAAUAUAAUCAAACUGUAUUAUAAAAAAGUGAAUAAAAAAAUAGUGAAAAUUAUGGCAAAUUUUCAAAUGGUAUUAAUGGAUUAAUGCGUGUAACGUUAAAGUACCGUCCAUAAAUAAGUCUGCUUUAUAAGAAACAAAAUGUAUAUUAUAAGAUAACUUGUUGUAGUGCACGAGCGUUUAACCGCGCUUGUUCGUCAGAGGCAACGAUACUGUAAAUAGUAUCAAUUUUUAUUUUUAUUACUGAACAGUUUAUAAUAAAAUUAAUUAUAAAUUGUUCAGGUUUUAUUCGAGCACAGUGUAGAAAGGCUGUAUGUAAAUUAUUUAUAAAUCUAAUUUCUACAAAGCUCGCUCGAGCAAUCCGUCCAAAAGUAUGUUUAACAGUUUUUUAUAAACAGAGAGCAGCAUUUAACGUGUGUUGAAUAUAUUUUUAAGUUUUAUAACCUUUAUACAAAUAAAUUUAUAAAAAUAAAAGAUAAAACACUAUCUGUUUUAUUGCUUAUUUCAUGAAUAAGUAAAGUAUUGUUGAUUACAGGAAUGGAGAAGACCCGACCAACGAAUAUUUUCGAAGCAAUCUUUAAUAUAGCAAUAAAGUCAGUCUUACAAUAAUAAGCCAAAAAUACAAUCUAUAUAUCGAGCUUCCGGAGGACGGGCGAAAUAUGUAUUUACUUCCUUUGUAAUGCAUACCCUUCAUGGAAACCUAAUUUUAGGACUACGAAAGAAAUCGUGUUUCAUAGGGAAGAGAAAACAUACGCUCUUUCGCCCGGACCCCUGAAACGAAUUUUACAAUUUUACACAUAAUUAUAUGAUGUAUCACGUUGCGAAAUUGUUCUUGUUCUCCCACGAUACAGGUCUUGAUGAACGAAAAAAAUAUAAUUAAAGGCAUGGAAAAGAAUGUAUGUAACACCGCAUUAUUUUAAAUGCAGUAAGGGAAUGAUAUUGUUGGUCAUAUUGUUGAACUUUCAUUGCAUCCUAGCUGAAAGAUAAACGUUGCGAGGAGUGUAUAUUUUUGAAUUGUUCAGUGCACUGAAAAAUGCCAGAUAAUGAUAAGUUAGAACAAAAUUGAAAUGUAGAUAUUUGAAAAUAAAUCCGUAAUUAAGGCUCAAUAUUAAUCCUUGAAUUCAUUUUCUAGAAGAGACUAUUUAAUUUAAACAUUUUUUCCGGUUGUUCGGAAUCGGAAUUCCGCGGGUAUGGGUUAUGGAUCGACCGGGCUUCACAGUUCAAAGGUAAGUAAACUGCUAAAUAAUUUUGUUGCGAAUUUAGCUACAAUAAUUAAACAAAUUUUUUAUUAUUGACUUCUGUAAAAUACCGAUUGUAAUAAUUCUAUCUACGAAUCAUUGGAAUAACAAUAUGCCCAUGUCUAGCGCCCUUCGUAACCGAGAGUAAUGCGCAUGCGGUCUGAUGACCACCAUGGCGUUGAAUAGAAACAAUUUUAAAAACUUCUUUGUAAUAAAACCUUAUUAAAUAUAUCGAGCAUUAAUUACAGAUGAUCUAGGACAUUGAUAAACAAAACUCGACCUAACCGAAACUAUGACCAGGAUUAUAGGGAAAACGAUCGAUACAAAUGCAUAGAGAUAUAUUAUAAUAUAAUAGAGUUAUUUGAUGAAACAUUUAAAGCCUUACAAUAAAAUAUACAGCAAGAUGUGUAUCGUCGCGUGUAUGUGUGAUUGAAAUGUAUGUAUGUGUAUCAUGUUCUCGCGCAGAGAGAAUAAUAUAUUUUACGUCACACGUCAAAUUUAAUACACGUGUUCAAAAGAUGCGUCUCAAAAUAUGCAGUUACGUUCACGAUUCUUUUUUUUUCCUUAUCUAUUUUUCUCUUUUUUUUUGUUUAUUUGCGAUCUUUCAUUUAUUUCUAUCUUUUUCCCUUGUUCUUGUUCACAGACAGAGAGAUUGAUACAUCUUCAAGACGAGAUACAGUACUUUGUGUACUCUAGGACUGAGAGACUCGAUACGGCAGUAGUAGUAGUAGUAGUAGUAGUAGUAGUAAUAGUAAUAAUUAAUAAUAAUAAUUAAUUAAUUAAUAAUAAUAAUCAUUCUUAUAAAUUCUUACAUUUCUUCGCACCGAUAACGUUUCGAAGAAUGUCAUCGACUUAAUUUAACAUUAUUUACUCAUUUAUUUAUAUUUAUAUUUAUAUAUAUAAUAUGUAUAGCUCCCCCUCGUUCGCAACUUUUUUUUUUUCAUUUCUUUCGUCAUAGUGAUCUUUUCAUAUAUAGAAUAUUUUCGGUAUACAGAACUAGUAUCAAAUUCUAACAGAAUCGAGCUACGUAAAAAUUGUUCCAACCGUUUUCGGAAAGAUAUGCAUUUCACUUUGCAUUAUAACGCGCUCCUUUUCCCGAGCCCAGUUUUUUUUUCACUUUUCCUUUGUUUUUAUUUUUUUAUUUUUUUCGUUUUCCUACUACCCUUUUCUAUUUUUUGUUUUAUCGAUCGAGCUAAAAUUCUCAAGCUUCGCAUCUCACACUCCUACAAAAUCUUGUUUCUCUCAUUUCAUUAUCAUCAUCAUCAUCAUCAUCAUCAUCAUCAUCAUCAUUAUCAUCAUCAUUAACCAUUUAUGAUUAGGAAAUUCAUUCGCCUUUGUUUAAUAAAUCGAUCGCACCAUAUCGUGUACUUUUUCUCGUGUUUAAAUUAUAUAUAAUUAUAAAUCCCAGACUUUUCGUUCGAUCAAUUAUAAAAAUAAAAAACAAGAUUCAAAGAGUCACGCUUUCUCAUUUAACCAUAAUGCAUCGAGAUAUAUUUGAUUUCUCACAAAAUUCGUACAUAGAAAAACUAAGGCAUUUUCUUCUCGUUUCGCUACACAAAGAAAUUAUUAUUAUUAUUACAAGGUAGAGAUCUUUGAUUCCAACACCAAGUUAAAAGCAUGCCUCGCUAGAAUGAAUUCAAUAAUUCUAAACAUCCACGAACUGGAAUAUAUUUAUAAAAAUUCAUUUAAAAUAACAGCUUCAGUUUUGUACAGCGAUUCCAGUAUGUCAUCUGUUAAAAAAUUCAUUAAAAAUGUUAUAAUAAAACGAGUGUAAUCGUUGGUGAAUCGUUGCAGAAGUUAUCAAUCUUAAAAUUCAAAUACAAAGCGUGUGAAUAAGUGGUUUUCAUUCUUUUAAUUAGAAAAAUUCAACGAUUAUGCUUACAGCAUUUUCAGGCAGUUAGGCGAUUUAAUACUUUCCAUGAUUUUUUUUUUUUUUUAAACAGACUUGUCUAAAAAUAAUGAAGAGAAUAUAUUCUUCGACUAUUGUGUUCGUUUAGGCUAGCACAGUUAAAAAACGAUUAAGUUAGAGAGUCUUGUCUCGAUAUUAGUCAUUAAAAAACACGAGAUACACGUGGUAAAAAAAA